CAAAAGGCUGAGCUCGUCCACCAAUUGCACGCGGUCGGUGGAAUUCGCCAGCGUGAUUGCAAACGCUUCGAGCUGCGGGCAGCGCGUGCCAAUGAUGAUCUGCGGCGAUGGCUUGCGGCAGAGCUCGUAGAUGAUCUCGGCAAUGCCCACGAUCAGCAGCACUGCGCCAACGACGCUUAUGCCGCCGGUAGAGUAGAUGAGCAUCUUGUCGUAAAUGAGGAGCCCGAUGCCAAUGAUCGGAAACAGCUUCACGAUGAACCGAAGGAGCUGGAUGAACCAGCUCUCGUCGACGCGGCGGUAGUUGUCGAUCGCGAUGUCGCAAAUGUCCUUGAUGAACACUUGGCGCAUCGACGGGGGCGACGUAAUGCAGCAAUAGCGGAGGGUGGUCUGUAG